UUCACGGCAUCACAACGCGACUCCGGACACGGCCUUAAAAAAAAAAUUGUGUGAGCCUCACACAUUCAGUUUGUGUAUUUAAUGGUACUCAGUCAAAAGUACGAGUACUCACAACAAUAAUAACAAUUACUUGGCAAAUUUGUUAUUAAAUUUGUAAUUUAAUUGAAUGUGCGGCAGUGCAGAAAAUCAAGUUAACAACCACAUUAACAGUAAUAGAUAAAAAAUUCAAGUAAAAUAAAUUUAUUUAAUUAAAUUGGGCCUUGCAACAUGGAAUUGAAGACAAUGCCACAGCAGUCUAACGGGGCCAAUGGCACCUCCAACAACAACAACAUUAACAACACCAACAACAGCAACAACAAAACAGACCAUCAUGAGAAGGAGGCACAAAGUUCGGAGAAGGAGCGUACGAAUUGGUCAAAUAGUCUGGAGUUUCUAAUGUCUUGCAUUUCGGUAUCCGUGGGAUUGGGAAAUGUCUGGCGAUUUCCAUUUACGGCCUAUGAAAACGGAGGCGGCGCCUUUCUUAUACCAUAUAUUAUAGUGCUCUUUCUGAUCGGCAAACCCAUGUAUUAUCUGGAGAUGAUCAUUGGACAGUUUACGAGUCAGGGCACGGUUAAGAUCUGGUCAAUCUGCCCCUCGUUUGUGGGCGUAGGCUAUGGACAGGCCUUUGGAUGUAUCUGUAUUAUCAGCUACUACUCCUCGUUGUUGGCAUUGACCCUGUACUAUCUAUUCGUGUCCUUUCAAGCCGAGUUACCCUGGUCCUUUUGCCGGGAUGAUUGGCUCAAUUGUGUUAACUCUAGUCCCGAACAAAAUGCUCGCUCCUUGUUGAGCAAUGUCAGCUCCCUGAUAACUUCGGAUAACUCAGCCAAUACUACGAAACUGCAAAGCAGCUCCGAACUAUAUUUUCUCGAUGUGGUUAUCAAGGAGAAAACGGAUAUUUCGGAUGGCAUUGGUACACCCGAUUGGAAAUUAGCCAUAGCGCUGUUCGUGUCCUGGGUUGUCAUAUUCCUGGUGAUAAUGCGAGGCGUUAAGAGUUCCGGAAAAGCGGCCUAUUUCCUGGCCCUGUUUCCCUAUGUGGUACUCUUCGCAUUACUUGGCAGGGCGGUCACUCUCGAGGGUGCUGUCGAUGGCAUCGUCUUCUUCCUGAAACCCCAAUGGGGUGAGCUGCUCAAUCCCACCGUUUGGAAGGAGGCGGUGGUCCAAUGUUUCUUCUCUUUGGCCGUGGGUUGUGGACCAAUCAUCAUGUUUGCCUCCUACAAUCGAUUCAAUCAUCCCAUUUACAGGGAUGCCAUGAUUGUUACCAGUUUGGAUACAUUGACGAGUCUUUUGGGUGGUAUUACCAUAUUCGCCAUAUUGGGCAAUUUGGCGCACAAUUUACAGAUUGAAAAUAUCAGGGAUGUUAUACGCAGUGGUACUGGCUUGGCUUUUAUUUCCUAUCCGGAUGCAAUAUCCAAAUUUCAGGCUGUUCCCCAAUUAUUUUCGGUUCUGUUCUUCUUCAUGCUCUUUGUAUUGGGCAUCGGAUCGAUUGUGGCACUGCAAAGCACAAUUGUGACCAUCAUUUGUGAUCAGUUCAAGUCCUGGAAAUACUGGAAGGUUGCGAUGACCACCUCCAUAUGUGGUUUUCUCAUGGGCUUGGUCUACAUAACGCCGGGAGGUCAAUGGAUUCUUACUUUGGUGGAUUUCUAUGGCGGCACCUAUGUGGUCUUCAUAUUGGCUAUCUUUGAGCUGGCCGGCAUUGUAUGGAUAUAUGGUCUGCAGAAUCUGUGCGAUGACAUAGAGUUUAUGAGCAAUAAAAAGGUGUCGUUUUAUUGGCGCAUUUGCUGGUUUUUCUUUACACCUGUGAUGAUGAUUGUGAUUUUCAUCUAUUCCAUGGUUACCAUCCAACCGAUCAAGUACAGUGAAACAUACUUUCCGCUUUCGGGAGAUAUUGCGGGAUGGGUGCUCUUUGCCGUUGGAGCUGCCCAAUUUCCACUCUGGGGUUGGUGGUACAUCAGCACCCACAAACGUGGCAGUUUUUCAAAGUCCUUCAUGGCUUCGAUGAGGCCCAGUGAUAAGUGGGGACCCGCCAAUCCACAGAUCCGACGAGAUUGGCUCAUUUUCAAGAGCGAAGCUUUUGCGAAACGGUCGGCUAAAGCGAAAUCCGAUAAGUUGGGAUUCUUUAGGCAAAAACUGGUCAAUCUGUUUGGCAACACCAGCGUCUAGUCAAGCCACUGAGAUUAGUUAUAUUGUAUUAUGUAUAUAUGUAUUAUAUGCCUAGUUAUAAUCGUAAUGCCAGCCUCAGCCUCUAUGAAGCCGAUGGUACUGCUCAGCAAAAAUCUAAUUGAUAAACGAUCUUAAGUCCGCUUUAAGCCCGAACCCUGGGUAUUAUAACCCACCCGAUAAAUCUUUAACCUUUUAUUUACUAUCAUAUCUUUUUUUUUUUUUUGUAUUAUUUGUACAUAAAUAUUGUAGUUGUAAAUCGCGUUGCUUUUGUGUCUUAAUUUGUUGUAAAAUACGUUAAUUCCAAUACUGUGCCGAAAUAAAUUAUUUUUAUUACAA